AUGGGAGGGUUAGAAGGGGCCCGGGGCCGACGGCGGCGAGAAAACGGGGCGGCAGAAGUGCUCACCGGCGGCGCAGGGGGUCUCGGCGUGGCCGAGCUGUGGCGUGCUAGGGUUUACGGCGGCGCGGCUGAGCGAGAUGGUGGGCGCAGAGGCUGCGGGGCCAAUUUAAAGGCUGGGCGGGGAUCUUGGGGCGGCGUGCCGUGGGGGGGGGCGGGCGUGAUCCCCGGCGAGAUGUUCGGGCGGCAGUUGCGCGAGCGGGAUCCGGAGGAAGAGGAUGGCCCUGGCGUGUGGGGCCGGGCUGGCAGCGGGAAGGGAAAGGGCGACGCGGUGCGGGCGCUGGGAAGCUGGCAGGCGGGCCAGGCUGGUCAGUGGGGAGGGGAGCGCGUUUGUGGGCUGAGCGGGGCGCUGGGCCGGCUGCGAGGCGGGUGUGGGGAUCGGAGCUAG